ACUGCCGGCCCUACCAGAGGGAGAACGAUCCCUCUAGGGGUGAAGUCACAUCAGCAGUCUCGUAGAGGAGGUGUCAAAACUCUAGGGGCGCAACAGCAAGUAUAAAAGAACAAUGGAGACGGCUAUGUGCGUUUGUUCUCCUUGUUGUACAUGGCAGAGGUGUUGUCCUCGGCUCUUCUCCUGUCUGUGCUGCAAGUUCAUAUUCACCUCAGAGCGGAACUGCACCUGCUUCCCCUGCCCUUACAAGGAUGAGAGGAACUGCCAGUGCUGCCACUGCACCUGUGCUGAGAACCCCAACUGCCACUGGUGCUGCUGCUCCUGGGCCAAUGAUCCCAACUGCAAGUGCUGCUGCACGACCAACACCAACAUGCAGUGCUACUACUACGAGAGCCGCUGCUGCCGGAAUGCCACCAUCACCUUCAGAAGGGGCCGCCUUCGGAGCAUCCGCAUCUCAUCUAAGACAGCCCUCCGCGUGGGAAGCAGCGACACUCAGGUGAAUGAGGCGAAGUCGCCGCCCGCCAACAGCCACCUGGUGGACCACCUCACCUGCCCCAUGUGCAACCGGCUGCGCCUACACUCCUUCAUGCUGCCCUGCAACCACAGCCUGUGCGAGAAGUGCCUGCGACAGCUGCAAAAGCAUGCCGAGGUCACCGAGAACUUCUUCAUCCUCAUCUGCCCGGUGUGCAGCCGCUCGCACUGCAUGCCCUACAGCCACCAGAUGCAGCUGCCGGAGAACUACCUGCGCGGGCGCCUCACCAAGCGCUACAUGCAGCAGCGUGGCUACCUCAAGUGGCGCUUCGACCGCUCCGCUGGGCCCAUCCUCUGCCAGGUCUGCCGCAGCCGGCGGAUCGCCUACAAGCGCUGCAUCACCUGCCGCCUCAACCUGUGUAACGACUGUCUCAAGGCCUUCCACUCGGACGUGGCGAUGCAGGACCACGUCUUCGUGUCCACCAGCACCGAGGACCAAGACGAGAAGAUCUGCAUCCACCACCCGUCCAGCCGUAUCAACGAGUACUGUCGCAAUGACAACAAGCUGCUCUGCACCUUCUGCAAGACCGCUUUCCACAACGGCCACGACACCGUCAGCCUCAUAGACGCCUGCUCCGAGAGGUCCGCCGCCCUCUUCGGCGCCAUCGCCAAGUUUAAAGCAGUCCGAUAUGAAAUUGAUAAUGACCUAAUGGAAUUCAACAUUUUAAAAAGCAGCUUUAAAGCUGACAAGGAGGCGAAGCGAAAAGAGAUCAGAAAUGGAUUUCUCAAACUGCGUUCCAUCCUUCAGGAAAAAGAGAAAAUCAUCAUGGAACAGGUAGAGAACCUAGAAGUGUCCAGGCAGAAGGAGAUUGAAAAGUAUGUGAAUGUCACUUCAAUGAAAGUAAACGAAAUGGAUGGCCUGAUCGCCUACUCUAAGGAAGCCCUCAAGGAGACAGGCCAGGUGGCGUUCCUGCAGUCUGCCAAGAUCCUAGUGGACCAGAUCGAGGAGGGCAUCCAGAGCACCUUCAGGCCAGACCCUCAUCUGCGGCUACACUCCCUGAACUGCAUACCCUUGGACUUCAGUGAACUCUCCAGUGCCAUCCACAAGCUCUUUCCCAUGGAACCCAAGAAGACUUGCUCCUCAAGAGGCUCUCUGCCCACCCAGUAUCCCACGCAUUCAGAAAUGAUGAUUGCCAGGAAGGUCACAUUCAGUACCCACAGCUUUGGCAACCAGCAGAUACGCCAGCGAAGCUCCUCCUUGCUUUCUUUCAGUGCCACCAGUGAGAAGGAUAGGAUGGGUCUGGAGGCCUAUGGGAGAGCCCAGUCUGCAGCACCUGUCAAAGCCACAGAUGGCCUCUACACCUACUGGAGUGCCACAGGGGAAAACCAGCCUCCACAGAAUAGCAACAGUUUCUACAACUGGUACUCAUCCAAUGAUACCUCUGUGAAGACCCCAGGCCCAAUUGUCAUUUACCAGACUCUGGUGUAUCCAAGAGCUGCCAAGGUUUACUGGACAUGCCCAACAGAAGAUGUGGAUUCUUUUGAGAUGGAAUUCUAUGAAGUCAUUACUACCCCUCCUAACAAUGUGCAGACAGAGCUCUCUGGACAAAUUCGGGACAUAAUGCGGCAGAGUCUCGAGCUACAUAACCUGACCCCAAACACUGAGUAUCUGUUCAAAGUUAGAGCCAUCAAUGAAAAUGGUCCUGGGCAGUGGAGUGACAUCUGCAAGGUGGUAACACCAGACGGGCGUGGGAAGAACAGAGCUAAGUGGGGUUUGCUGAAGAAUAUCCAGUCUGCCCUCCAGAAGCACUUCUGAGCCCUUGCAGCACCCCCUCAGAAAUGCACCACUCGGAGACUUAAAUAUACACACAUAGAUGCAUGUAAAUGUAUUUUUCUCACUACACUCUUCGAGGAGUUUGUAGAUGAAUGUUUCCACCACCUCUGAGUUUUCCAACAGAAGCCUCCUAAGAGCCAAUAAAAGGAAAUGUCUGACAUCAUAA